CCCAUGAGAAGAUCCUUGGUGUUCCCAAUGGAAACUGACAACAGCUACGUGGAGCUGGUCCCUCAGAAGAAUCUUGACAUGGAAGCCUUUACCCUGUGCAUGCGGGUGGCCACAGAACUGGCAAAGGGCAACCGUGAGAUCAUCCUGUUCGCCUACCGUACACUGUACCACGACGAGCUCAACGUGUGGAGAGAAGCUGACGGCGAGUACAGUCUGUAUCUGAGUGGGGACGGGGUCCUCUUCCACCUACCUGAGCUCAACACCUUCCAGACCCACCUCUGUCUCACCUGGGACUCGAAGUCAGGCAUGGCCGCGUUCCACGUAGACGGGAAGAGGAGCGUUAGGAAGGUGUAUAAACCAGGACACAAAGUGCAGAAGGGAGGUAAGUUCAUCCUGGGACAGGAUCCAAACUCUUUCCUGAAGGACUUUGAAAGCAAGCAGAGUUUCAUCGGUGAGAUCACAGAUGUCAACAUGUGGGACUACGUGCUCUCCGAUGCCAUGAUAGAAGCUUUGCAUGUUGGGAAACGUAUGCCCAGAGGGAACAUUUUUGACUGGGAAACCAUAGAGCUCAUAGUCAAUGGGAACGUCAAGGUGAUCACUGAAGAGUUGUAGGGUGUCCCCAAGGCACCAACAACACGCUCUCCAUCCAGGGGUGCUGCACUGCGGCCUGACCCUGUGCUCCUCUCAACUGUGUGUCAGUGUGAUGUGUGUGUGUCAGUGUGAUGAGGGAGUUAAGAAAUUACAGAAAAUUCAUAUGGAGAAUAAAGUUGUAUUAGUUUGAGUCCCUGUCUCAUCUCAACAAAAAUAAAGUUCCCGA